CAAAAGUUCAGCGUCGACCGUAUGUCGACUUUGUGCGUCUUGCAGCUUUAACUAAACACAGCACUUCUCAAAUCGUUGAAGAACAAGGUCAUCAUAAUCCUCAUGACAGGAACAGAAGCACAUAAAGCCCCAAGGUAAUCUUAGCGAGUCAGCGACCGGCAGUCAAACGGUUUCCAAUGGGAUAAGCACACCGCGUAUUGCAUGCGACAGGCGCCGAUUCCAGUGCGAACUCACCGUGCAAAACACAACUGUUUGUUGUCUCACUUUGCCGGAAUAUCAAGCAGAAAAUGUGUCGGUUUCACGCUCGUUGGAUUUUUACGGAGGUUCUGCUGCUCCUCAUCAGCGGCCACGAUCAGACCGAUGACCUGGUUCCGGCCGCAACGUUGGAAGUGCGGGUGGUCAGUGUGCAGAUGCUGGAUCCCAGUGUAGCGUUGGGGCUGGUGUGGAUCGGCGCCGCCGUGCAUCUGGCAGUGCAGCGCGCCAACGAACAAUACGCUCAACGGGGACUGCGCUUUGUGGUGCGCCCCGUCGAUGGCAUGUACAACCAGACUUGUCUGUCGGCGGCCGCUGAAGGGAUUCCGCUUUUCACUAAUUACUACUACCGGCACAAUCUGGACCAACAUACACCGGAUACUUGCGAUAUCUUCUUCACUAACACGUGUGCAGACUACUUCCAGCAGCUGUGCUUAUCCAGCGGUAAGAGGUUCCUAUCCUGUUAGCCAACGUUAGCAGUCGGACAAUACGUCGUUAUACGUUCGU